AUGUCCACCUUUCAUCCAUUUUCGCGCCUCCCAACCGAACUUCGCGUGUGCAUCUGGGCCUUGACAGUCGAGCCUCGUGUCGUGGAGGUCCGCGUCGUGCCCGACAACCCUCUAAAAGUUCAGAGGCUAGUCUCGCCUACGCCGGUGCCAGCAAUACUCCAAACCUGCCAAGAAGCCCGUAAUUUGGGCUUGUACAAGCAGGCCUUUUUUGAGGUCACCGCCACUAAGGUCAACGCCGCUGCGGGUGCGGAGUCGCGCUAUGUCUGGCUCAACUUGGACAUCGAUAUGGUCUCUAUCGGGAAAACCUCGUUCAGAGCUUUCGCACCCGUCGCAUUAUCCAUUAAGCGGCUAAGGUUUGAGCGCGAAAACUCGGAUGAAUCCUUCUACCAUUUUGAAGUAAGAGAGCUCCGGGAUUGGGUAAACACGGAGGAAAUCCAUGUAGUCUGUGGAGAUGGGAUGGAGGCAUGGCAUGGAGCUUCUCACGAGCAUUCCUGGCCUUGCGCCCUGGAAAACCUGUGGUUCUUCGAUCCAGACGAUGGUCGGAUGAUGAGAAGCUUCGAGAUGGAACAGAAGCUGGAUGAAGCGCUGGAGGAGAUGAAUAGACAAAAUGAAGAGGCUGCUGAAGAAGCAUAG